CGUAUACCUGUCCAACAAGUUAAGACACGCAAGAUUUUGUGGGCUGUGGAUAUUACCCAUUGGCCAGGUCAAUUCUACCUGCUGAAUAUAUAAGGUGCUUAACAAUUGGCGAGCCACAGCAUUCGCUUCUCAACUCCUGUUGGCCAUGGACCGCAAGACGACGACACCAUUGAUGAUGUUUCGCACUCCGGUGGGUGGUGAGAAUCAGUUGUUCAUCUUCAAUUCGCCCAUUGACUACACGGAUCAGCAGCUGAUUGUGUAUCAGUGUUCGGGGAUGCUGGAGGGCGAGAGUGGGUAUUGUGUGGUCUAUAAGCGGGAUCAUUACAUAAUCAGCAAUCAUCCCAACUAUCAGAGCCCGACCAAGCGCAGCUUCCUCAACGAGUGCAUCCGGCAGCUGUACAUCAUCAAUGGGCUGGUGCACAAGCUGAACUGGGCGCCCAACACCUUGGUCUGCACUCAGCAGGAGCUGUGGCAUCAGGUGAACAUGUGCCUGCAGCCGGAGCGCUUGAGUGCGCGAAAUGCCAGCCUCCAGCGUGUCAAGCGGCAGCUGUUCCGCGAGACGCAGCGCAAGCGCAAGGCGACGAGCAGCGUGCGUGGCCAGGUGUGGGGCACUCAGGUGUUCAACUUCAAGCCGAUGCGCUCGAGGAUCGGCAGGCGACACAUACGACGCGGCUACUUGACGGUGGCCCGGCAAAUCGUUCUCCAGCAGCUGAUCCGUGAGAACGUGAAGCGUGAGAUGACCGGCACAUCGGCCAUAUGCCAGACGAUCAUCAAUGCCACCGAGGGCAUCUACAACGUGAACGCGACAGUCAUCAGCGACAUCUGCCGCUACCACCAGAACGCUGCACGUCAUCAGCCCACGGUCCAGCGGCGGCUGAACGAGGGACAGCAGCGCAUGCGCAGCAGCGAGGCCUGCCAGCUGACGCAGCGCGCCAAGCGCCUGGAGGCCAUGUUCCUGCACGAGCAAGUGCGUCGCGCUGGCCAGAAUCAUCAGCUCAUACUGGAGGAGUCGGUGCGUUCCAUUUACUAUGCCAAGCAGCUGUUUCGCCUGAUCGAGGAUCACGAGGAGUUCGUCUACACGGACAAACAGAUCUUGGGCCGCAGCUGUUGUUAAGUUGAGUUUCAAAUU